AUGGAUCGUGAUAUAAUUAGGCUCCUACAUAUCUGCAGCGAUUCAGGAGCAUUUAUCUUCGCUGCUCAAUUGAGGUGUGAUGAACAUGAAGUAGCACCGGACGAGCGAUAUGGAGGGCUUAUUUGUGUUUCUGAGCAUGUGGAGAACAAGCUUACACUCUUUGCUAACACAGUGAACGCCCUCGCCAAUGACAAGAGCUUGAAUAUAUUCUACAGUGAGAGUAUUGCAGUUGCUCAUAGGCUCGUCACCGAAGCUAUGUCGUUGCCAGACGAGCCCUUCGAAUCAGGUGGAAGACAGCCAACCAUCUUUGAAUUGCUCAAAACAUCUGGGAAUGACUGUGCCUUCAUUUUCAUAGAACAUCAAAACCGCAGUAACACCCAUGUUUAUAUUGAAACCAGUGACAAAAUGAAAGCUGCCCUCAAGGCAAACAAGAACGAGAUGAUAUACACUGAGUCUCCCCCUGUCAUAGCGACUAAUGCUGUGUAUGACGACGGAGGAGAAUUUGAUCGUAUCGCUAAUCUUAUUUCCAACAAUCCUGGGACAUCAGUGGUGUAUGCUGAGUCACUUGCAUUGGCCAGAGAUUUGGUGCACUUUGCAUUCACUGGAGAAUUGAUCAAUAAGGAUGUGUAG